CACACACUGAGGACUCUGUCAAAUCAUGCCGGUUCCCUCAAUCCUAGUAAUAUAGCAUGACGGGUCACGAACAAUUGACAAGAUGGGCUGUCGAUCGUGGCUUCAAGCUCAAUGGCAUCCAAGCCCACUCAUUUCCCGGCAGAGGCUUAGGUAUUAUUGCCGAGAAGAAUAUUGAGCCUGGAGAAGUGUUGAUGACCAUACCAAUGUCUGUCGUCCGAAGAGCUGAGACUGUUCCCAAAAGCAUCUCUAAAUCAAUGAAAAAGACAUUUCCCUGCAGCAACAAUGGUCUUUUGGCUACCGAAUUAUUCCAGGAUCAGUCUGACGACUAUGCUCUCUGGCGUGACAGUCUACCCAAGAUGGAAGACCUCCAGGAGGCAAUGCCAGCGAUGUGGGAACCCGAACUCUGCCAGCUUCUCCCACCCAAAGCGAAAACCAUAUUGCUUAAGCAACGACACAGGAUUGGCCAGGACUGGGACGCCAUGACAGCCGCAAAUCUUGAUAUACCUAUGGGUCUCUAUCGAUAUUACUGGCUGUUGAUAAGCACGAGGACAUUCUACUACACUCCUCCCAGGAGAAAAACACCACCCGCCGAUUCCGACGAAUGUUUGGCCAUUGUUCCCUACGCUGACUAUUUCAACCAUUCUGACGCCGGCUGCAAGGUCUCAUACACAAGAUCGCAAUACAGCGUAAUGGCGGAUCGGUCAUAUCACGAAGGCGAAGAAGUGUUUGUAUCAUACGGUGCCCACUCAAAUGAUCUCCUGCUCACCGAGUACGGCUUCAUUCUUGAGGACAAUCGAUGGGACGAAGUUACGCUGGAUGACGUCGUCAUUCCAUUAUUCACAGAAGGCCAGAGGGAGAUUCUGACCAACGAAGGAUACUUUGCCAACUUUCACGUAGACAAGGAGGGCGCCUGUUAUCGAACAAAAGUGGCGCUGAGACUGCUAUGUAUGCCACUGGGGCAGUGGAGGCGUGGCCUUGCGCAGGGUUUCGAUGAUGGCGACAAGUACCAGCCAAUUCUGAAUGGAUCGUUGCUCAGCGUCUUCAAUACUUCCCGCGACGUUGUGAGGGAGAGACUUGAGCAGAUCUCGCUACUCGAUGUUGGCUUGCCCUCUCAAAGAGAUACCCUGAAGAGACGCUGGGGACAGAUCGACAAGCUUUUGAUAGAUGCUACAGACCAACUCAGACAUUGACAGAGGCCUCGGGAUUUCGUCCAUGUAGUUUUCAGUCAUUCUAG